CGGCCGUGUAACCAUGACCGAUGAAAGAGCACUUGAUUCAAGUUUUGAUCGAAAUGGAAGAGUCGUCCAACUCCAAGAAAAGAUUCUGAACAAAAAUGCCAGCAAUACCCAAGUCUACAUCGACGACCGGCAGCAUGGGCGGUUUGAUGUCGCAAAGUUAUCUGCUGCAGGGGACCAAGCCAAAGUCGAGACUGUAGUCGAUGCUGGUCUUGACAAAUUUUACGAGAACGAUGCCAAGUUUAAUGAAAUAUCUGGGUAUGAGGACAUGAGAGAACUGCUCAGCAGUGAAGAUGCCCUCUCGGGUGGCUAUUCAGGAGGGGAAGAAAUAUUUCUUGAAGAUCAUUCCCCGAUGGACGAAUCUGAGUCGACAGAGGAUGAAGUCGAUGAUGAUGUCGGCAUUGAUGUUACUUACAAAAACCGUCGUCAAUGUAAUGAUCCAUCAUCUCUCGUGGUCAUUGGUCGUGGAAUUUGUCUCCACACUCCUCCUCGUGACGGACCAAUAGAGAAAGAAAAAGGAAGUCAACGACCACAGCCGGAAGGAGAAGCAGAAUCUGACGCUUCCUCGCCUACAACAGACGAUAUCCAGAUAGAUCCUGAGAUCUUCCUACCGACCCCAUCGACACCCCCGGAGUCCAAGCGAGCGGGAUCGUCUCGACGUCCGACACUCAGUCCCGUCAUCGAAGAAGACGUCCGUGAAUACAUGCAAACAUGGCGUUACGAAGACGAGGACGAUGAGCGCGAGGGUGAUGUCGAUUCUGGGGCUGGAGACUCGACGUCGAACGUGGUAGAAUCCGUCAUCAACCUUGGUUCCGAUGAGGAUUACGCAAACGAGAUUUCGAGGGUUCUAUCAUCGGCAGCUGUAGAUGCCGCACUCGCUGAGAUUGAUAAUGAAGAAGAAAAGAUACGGCCACCAAAAAAUCCGCCGACCGGAUGCAACGAUGACUUGGAUGAUAGCUGUGAUGAUAUUGUCAUCAUCCUCCCAGAGGCACAGGAAUUAAACUACUACAACGUUCCAGUCGGGUGUAGUCUUGACGACAGCCUUCAGGAUGCGGCAAACGCACGGGCUCAAUUGGACGCACAAGCAGAUUUCUUAGAGAAUAGUCUUAAUUGCCUGGAGGUCACUCUAGAUCGAAUGUCACUCAAUGAGGCCGUGAUGCCGGACGGAAGUGUGGUGUUCCUGAGAGAUCAGCUGAGAAAGGCAAAGACCGGUCACCUCUUGAGAGCUUGGGAAAGGACAAAAGAUCAACCAGCCGACGAGUAUCUGUCAUGUGCUGAAUUAGAGACUCCUCUAGCCCAGAUACAGAGGGAGCUAUACCAGGAACAGAUCAAGAGUUAUAACACAGCCAACGAGGAGAUGAGGACUGCAGUCACACAGGCAACACUGCAGGAACAAGCUCUCCGUGGUCAGGCUCGCCAGGUCCAGCAGACGUACAACGGCCUGGAGCAGAACAUCGCUAACCUAUCCAAUGAACUUGUUGGGCUCCAGGACAGACAGCACCACUUGCAGAAUGCUAUGAUGGAAGAACGGGUUGCAAAAGAGGCUGCACAGCGUGAACAUGAGAGGAUCUAUCGCAGAAGUAGUAGUGACGUUAUCGACGCCAACAACGACAUUCUGAGGGAGAGCCACAUUCGACGACCAAGACAGCCCGAAUGGACAUCAGAUCAAUCUGCCUCGACGUCAUCAAGCGAAGAUAUCCCAACAUCGAGUCUCUACCAACACGAAGGUGGGCAGCGAUGGUGGUCGCAAAGGGGGAGUAGGCAGCAGGAAUGUGAUUACAUCCAGCCUCCCCCAUGGCGGAGAGGCUACAGACCAUCAGGUGGGCGGCGCUUCGGGUUUGGCCAACGACCAAAUUGGAGGAGCAACCACGGUAACUGGAGAUGGAGCGAGACACGAGAUGGAACACGCCCAUGGGAGCGUCGAAGACCACCACCACCGCCACACGUGCACCGCCCAUUUGUUGACCGACCACGCCCACCUCCCCCGGCGCCGUUCACGCCUCCGUUUAAAAGAGAGACGGAGGUUAUGCUGACGCAGUACUUCCAUGAGAUGGGACGAGUGGAGAAUCUCCUGCGGGAACGCGGUUUCGCCAAGGGUCCUGCGGCUACCGCGCCGGUCACGCCCUACCGCCCUCAUCCGACGCGGUACCAGCGUUACUCCGGUUAUCACCGAGGAGGAUGGGAUCAAAGGAUGGGAUCCAGGUCGUUGCCGUCAAUGAGAGGAUAUGGGUUUCCAUACCGUGAACGAUCUCAACGAAGCGCCGAUUGGUUUGACACAAGCCGAUCGCAAACCAAUAACCAGAUGAGUCAAAGGCACUCUGAGGAAGAGAUGCCAGCCACUACUGUUGUACAUGCUGCUGCUUCGGCAUAG